AAAUCGAACUGUCGUACCGCACGAGCAAUCUUCCAUGGACAGCAGCAGCGCAGCCAGCAAGCCGCAGCUCUCUAGUGUUUAGUGUGCGAGUUCUCGGAACGCACGAGCAGUGACUCUUCUUCGAUCGGAGGUCUCCAUAGCGGGACUGCGAUACACACGAGAUAUAGCGUGAUUUUUGCUGAGCAUCUUUUGGACAGAUACGCUUUUAAUCUCAUUACAGAAUAGGUGAGAGCAGUUUUUCUUUCUGGUUAGGGGGUUAGUCGCUCGAGGAUAUCGUCGUGACGUAAAUUGUGAAAGAAGACUCGAUCGAUGCUCACUGGCGGAAAGAGAGGGACGUAACGUUACAAGCGAAACUCGACGUUCCUCGUGUGCGCGAAAUCGAGUCUAGUCAUCGAGCUCUGAUUAUCGUCAGUCGACGCGCUUGUUCUCGUCGCGCAGCUCUAUUUUUCGUCGAUUCCGAUAAAGUCGCUGUCGUCAGGUGAGGACAUCGGAUAAUUAAUAAGUAGCCAAUAGAACUAUCGAGUCGUCGCUGUGCAGAGCCGUGUCUAUAGCGUGGCGACAGAGAGCAUCGGCAGCAGCAAUGGAGGCGAUUUCAGGGCCGCCGCGGCAAUAGACACGAGGCGAAAAAUUGCGAGAGAAAGAGAGAGAGAGCUCUGGAGAACAGUCUAGAAGAGGCUUAAGUCGUACCCUCUCUCUGUCUGUCUCUCUCUCUCUCUCUCUCUCUCUCUCUUUUGCGGCCAGAGCGCUCGCGAUGGCAUACAUAGGCCGUGUGUUAUAUACUUACUCGCGCUUCGUUCUCUCUCGCGAUAAAAUAAAAGCCGCACAAAGGAGAGCUGCUCGCAGCUCUCGAAGCUUCGUGUAGGCACUACUACCUACCUCUGCUGCAUGUAUAAUAGACGCCGUCUUUGCGACGUUUUAAUUAUCACCGCGUUAUAUAGCUAGAGCUAUGCCUAAUAUAUGCGUUAGAGCGUGAUCGAGAGACUCUUGGCCACUGCUGCGUUUUUUCCUCUCGAAUGGCUGGCCUCGCAGCCGCCUAAUACAUCGAGCGUGCACGCGCUCGUCGUUCGGCUCCGAGAGACACGUAUAUAACGCGUGUGCAUUUGGCGAUGACGACGAUUUAGGAUCCAUAGUGCUUCCGCGAGGAAAUUGGGGGACUUUCCCUUAUCUACUUACCACGCUGCGGUGGAAUUCUUUUAUCUCUCCAGUGGUCGUCGUGCGAAUUUUUCUUCUUGGAUUAGCCUUCUGACUGAUAUAGCAUCUCUCGCUGUCGAUAACUCGAUAGAGUAGACUGGAUAACUCAGGCACCAUGGUUAAAGAGACAACGUUCUACGACCUACUGGGUGUCAAGCCCGGAUGUUCACAGGAAGACUUGAAGAAGGCGUAUAGAAAGCUUGCUCUUAAAUACCACCCUGACAAAAAUCCCAAUGAAGGAGAAAGGUUUAAGCAAAUUUCACAAGCCUACGAAGUCCUUUCAAACCCGGAGAAGAAGAAGAUCUACGAUCAGGGAGGUGAACAGGCUCUGAAGGAGGGCGGCAUGGGUGGCGGUGGCUUCUCCUCGCCGAUGGAUAUGUUUGAGAUGAUCUUCGGCAUGCGCGGAAACGAUAGCCGUCGCCGGCGGAAGGGACAGGACGUUAUCCACCAGCUGUCUGUAUCUCUGGAAGAGCUGUACAAGGGCGCGGUGCGCAAGCUCGCCCUGCAAAAGAACGUGAUCUGUGAUAAGUGCGAGGGCAUCGGUGGCAAGAAGGACGCCGUGGAGAAGUGCUCGACCUGUCAGGGAACCGGCUACCAAGUACAGGUCCAGCAACUCGCUCCCGGUAUGAUUCAGCAGUUCCGCUCACAGUGCGGUGACUGCCGCGGUCAAGGUGAGCGUAUCAAACCUAAGGACCGCUGUAAGCAGUGCAGCGGCAAGAAGACUAUCAGAGACAGAAAGAUCCUGGAAGUCUUUGUUGACAAGGGUAUGGUCGACGGACAGAAAAUCGUUUUCACGGACGAGGGAGACCAGGAACCUGACAGAGAACCCGGUGACAUUGUCAUCUUGUUGGAUGAGAAGCAACACGACGUUUUCAGACGCUCGGAUAACGAUCUCAUAAUGCGCAUGAACCUGGAGCUUGUCGAAGCUCUGUGCGGCUUCCAAAAGGUAAUCCAGACGCUGGACCAGCGAGACCUCGUGGUGACAUCCCUCCCUGGUCAGGUGGUCAAACAUGGCGACCUCAAGUGCAUCCCAGGCGAGGGUAUGCCCGUUUGGAAGGAUCCGUUCAACAAAGGCAGACUCAUCAUUCAGUUUGUCGUUAACUUCCCGGCAUCCAUCGAUCCGACCAUUAUCCCGACGCUGGAGCAGUGCCUGCCACCGCGAGAGGAAGUGAUGAUACCCGAUGGUGCAGAGGAAUGCAACCUGGUCGAUCUCGAUCCAGAGCAAGAGAGCAGGCGGAGAGAUACGCGCCAAGCUUACGAGGAGGAUGAAGGCGGUCCAUCCCGCGUCCAAUGCGCCACGAACUAACGGCCCUACCAGGAGUUUAGCCCCACUAUCUUCCACCCCUCCAACGACGUUGCAGCUACAGCCGCGCCACUACAUAAGAAUCAUAAGAUGCCGCUGACAACCGAAUCAGUCGAGCUGCUAUUGUCGAUUGGGGCCCGGGUAGAAAUUUCAUUGCGACGAUGUAUAUCACUUUUUGGAGGAUUGCGUGUACCCGACUGUCACGCGCGAAAUUACCUUCUCAUUUUCGCUCUCAAAUUACUUUUUAGGAAUGUAAUGAUGAAGUAGUUCUUAAUGAGACUUUUUUCUAUUUCUUGGUGGUCAAGACGAUGCUCCGUUCAUUCCGUUGCGCGAAUGUAGGCUAUGACUCUUCGAUUUUUACAUUGAAGUGAGAAAUUUUUAAUACUUGGUAUUCUUCAGAAGAUCAAAAUGCGAUUUUCGUCUUUGAGAAACAGAUAUAUGGAAAUUUCUUUGUAAGCAUGCAUUGUCAAAGAACUUACUUUGCUGUCCCUACAUCGUGCAUUAAUAAAUACAUGCAUAUAGUGAGAAAUAUAUUUUUUCUGUAACAUCUAUUAAAAUGAAUAUGGUAAUUUCGAGUAUACCAAGGAUUCAUAAUAUUGCCUAACUUAUAUUUCCAAAAACUGUGACCAGAAGAGCCAAACUUGGAUAAUCAUUGUUAUUCGCGGCAUGCUUUAGAAAAUAAUUUAGUUGCAAUGCAUAAUAUGGUACACAAAGCAGUAUACAAGGCAUAAUAAAGAUGAAUAACAAUUGUACAAUAGUUGAUCAGGUUUGGAACUUGCGGAAAUUUCAUGAGUUGGUUAAAAAGUAAGGCAGUAUUAGAAAUGGUCUUGUUUCAGUGUUCCAAAUCCAAUAAGAGCGUUAUACGACUUUUCAGACACGAAAUUUCUACUCGGGAGGAAAUAAAAGCAAAUGGCCAUUUUUCAUCUCGUAUACACCUAGACAAAGACAAACACUUACACAUAAUCAUCUUCGAUUUUUCUCAUUCAACAAACAAACAAACAAACGCUUCAGCUGAUAUCGACGAUGUUAUGGACUAGUUUAUUUAUAUCUUCCCCGACGAGGUUACUUUCUACUCACCUUUUUUAUGAUCAAAUCUUUGAAAGCGCAAAGCCUUGUAUUUUUAAAUAAACUUUUGGAGAAGAAACAAACAUCAUGUUGGAACAUAUUGCCGCGUCGAAGAUCGGUAUGAAAGUAAAUCUGGUCUUGUUAAUAAAUUUUGCAAGAAAAAGUUAAGAAUUAGUCUUGUAAACGCGAAUCGGUUUCUAGUAUCUCAAUUCUGUAAGUUAAUUAAAAACUUAGGUAGGAAUUAAAGGGGAAUGGGAUUGUAUCCGCAAGGUUUUUAACUGUAACUCUUUGAGCAUCUGUAUAUCUUGCAAGGACACUGUCAUCUUCUAUACAAAAUAACUAAAUCCAACAAAUUACAGUCCAAAAGUUAUAUUCCUAGAAAAAUGGCUGAUAGUUAAUGGAUUGCCGAAAACUCUUACUUAUUAAGAAUUCGAGCUAUUUUUCUGUCAAAGAUAGCUUUCUUAGUUAAUUAUUAUUAUGUUGAUUUUCAGACAUCUUAAUUUUCUCUCAAAGUGACAUUUGACUAUGCAAGUUCUUCAUGUGCAUCUAGUGGAAAUUUAGAAACGUACAAGCAUAUUAAUGACAUUGCUAAACGUACUACAUUUGCGCUAGAUAAAAAUCGAAGAAAAAUCGGAUGUUCUGUUGUAACAAUAUUGUGUUGUAACACUACAUGUCUAAUGUUAGGUAGUUUAUAUCAUUAAAAGCUUACUUAAAAUUAAAAUAAAAAGAACUUUGUCGGUAAAUUUCAGUCCUGUCAACAGCAUGAAUUUUUGUAUAGAAAACCUUGAUUUUGUAUUUAUUCAAACGAUAUGAUUGUCGCUUUGUGAGCGCCUGAAUAAAUUGUUCCGAAUUAGGUAUCAGAAAUCAAUUCUAUGGAAUAUAAAUUCACAAUGGAAAAAAAAGUAAAUAAAAAAUGUACACUUAAUAA